AUGCAUAUGUUCCACAUGUCAGUGGCACCUUCGCGCCGCGCACAACCCUUGGCUGGUGCUCUCGUCGGGCUCUUACAUUUGGGAGCCGCAUCGCGGAUCGCAGUGACUGAGUUCAUAGAUACAAGCGGCGAUCUUCGUAGUGACUCCACACAUCUGACCGGACGAGGAUCCAUCGUCGAGCUCGGCCUCAGCGGGGACCAGGAGGACAUGUACAAUGGCGUGGACGUCGCAUGUUAUUGCAAAGCCGUUCACGGUAUCCAUGAGUGCACUGACAACAAGCACCGGGCGCAUCCAGAGAAGCCAAGCGGGCCGCGCUAUUUCCACCCUAACGUACACACGAAAGAUGGCAACAUCGAGAAUUUAUGUUGCAAGCUCGAUUGGACGUCUUUCCUCAGCUGGACUGGGUGGGAUUACGAGCGGCAAGACAAUAUCACGCGCUGCAUGGGUGAAUCCCGUCCAGUUCCAUCAAGCUCUUGUUGCCGGCUGAGGGACGAGCACGGUUCGUUCGGCGUCCGCAUCAACAGGGCCACAUCGGAAAGCGCGUAUAGUAAGCAAUGGCAUUCUGAGGAUAGGUUCUGGAAGUCACCGCCACAAUUCAGCCUCGAAGACAUCACAGGAGGGCAAGACUACACUGGCAAGGAGAUGGCGGCCGAAGAAGUCCGAGAGUUUGUUGAUGUGCAGCUCACGGAUGGAGGCCGCUUCGACGGCAAACUUCGAUGCGGUGGAGCAAAGGGCUCGUUCGAGGAGCUCCUCAAGGACACCAGCACGUGCCACCUGCGCCAGGGCCCCUCGGAGCAGUGCUGCUGCCACGUGGCGUCCGUGGUUGAGGCCACCCGGUGCUUGCCCACGGAGGGCGCAGCGACCGAGGAGGAAGCGCAUACAGUGGUGCUGGAUUCGAAGCUCAACACGUGGACAUCGCACGGCCGCGUGGAGGGCAAGCUCGUCGACGCUGCGGGUCCAAACGUGGAUGAUGGCAUGCAGUACUCCAUCACAGGCAUGGCCGACCCUUUGAUGGAGGACAUGCCAGAUACGCAGGCCGACGAGACCAAGAUGUUGUGGGAUUGGGCCAAGGCUACCCAGCAAUGGAACAAGACGUGUCUGGAGACUGUCCAAGUUCCGUAUGUGGCCUCGAAGAGGACGAGCAAGAGGGUCAGAAAUGGACAGACGUGCAGGCAGAUGGGAAGAGUUAGACAUUGCACUCCGAGAUACAAGACCGUGUACACAACACAUCAUUAUCAACAGUACAAAACAGGAUGUGCUAAGUGGCAGUGGGAUCGGAAGUGUGCCGCGGGGGCAGGUCUCUACGUCAAGCAAAUCAACCCAGGCCAGUGCGUGAAAGAGCCAGAGCAUGCUGGGGAGACAGAUCUUGCCCUGACCGAGAUCGGGCCGCUCCUGUUCAUGUGCCCUGACGAUUAUUCGAGCGGCAAUGGCGGGACGGAGAAAUUUCACCCGAAGUGCCAGUGCCGUUCCCAAUGCGCCUAG